UCUUCAUUCAGAGCAGAAUGGCCUGGAGAGCGGACCGAAAACAGAUGGCUGAGCAAAACACAGGACAAAAUGUGGACAGGUCCAGGGAACGUCUGAAGGUUUUACCCGAAGAUAUCCUGAAAAACCCACAGAUCAAUCACCUCAAUUUUGAUCGCAAUAGACUGAAGAAUGUCACAAAUCUUUCCAAGUUGACCAAGCUGAAGACCCUCAUUCUGUCUAAGAAUGAACUGGUAGAUUUUCCAGAGAUUGGCUCACUACAGUAUCUUGAAAAACUACAUUUAAACCAGAACAGAAUCCAGCAAAUCCCAGAGGGAAUUCUCCCCCGCCUCCCUCUCCUGAAGCAGCUUAAACUUAACAACAAUCGUCUGACUGACUUCCCGGGAGAUCUCAUCUGUUGCAAGGAGCUGCAGUAUCUUAACCUGUCUCACAACGUUAUAAAGAAAAUUCCGAAAACAAUUGCCACACUAGGAAAACUGGAGGAAUUUUACAUUGAGAACAACAAAUUGUGUGAACUCCCGUGCGCGCUGUUUGACAUUGGGGCUCUGAGGAAGUUUAUCGCUCGGGCAAACCCCCUGAGGGAGCCUCCUGAUGAGGUCUGUGCUGGUGGGCUGCAGCAGAUCCGCAGUUAUUUCAAACAACUCCAGACCAACGAGUCCCUGGAGGACAAGCGGGUCAAAACCAUGUUUCUUGGAGCAUCCAUGGCGGGAAAGUCAACGCUGUGUAAAAGUUUGACCAAACAGGAAUUGGUGACAAUUGCUGAGAACGACAGGACAAUUGGGAUUGAGAUCAAUGAGUUUCAAACUGAAGACUUCUCCUUCUUGUGCUGGGAUUUUGCAGGACAGCUGGAGUAUUAUCUGACUCACCAUGUCUUCAUCACACCACAGGCCUUGGUUAUAUUAGUCAUUGACUUGCACAGGUAUAAGGUGGAAGACAAGGAUUCCUUCAAGGAGCUGGUUGGUUUUUGGAUCAACAAUGUUUUAAUGAGAGUCCCAGAUUCCAUUGUACUUCCUAUUGGGAGUCAUGUAGACAUGUGUGAUAAGGAGGAGGUCCAGAGGAAGAAGAAGGACAUUGAGGAGAAGAUCCAGGAGAUGCUGACUGAGAGAAAGGAGAACUUGAAUCAGCGUCUGGUGAAGCUAAAGGAGAAACCACAGUGUGAAUUAUACAGUGAUCAAGUGAAUAAACUGUACGAUUUAGCCAAAUACAGUUUAAAGGUUUUGGACCUUAUUCCCGUCGAUUGCACUCAAUAUGAUGCCAUAAUCGAGGCUUGGCUGCAGAUUCUGCAAUUAAUUCGGAAUACGGAUAUUUUCCCAAAUGUAAUCCGGAAACUUCCAGUCACUUACAAGAUGGUAGAAAAAGCUAUUAUGGAACUAAUUGAAACACAAGAAGUUCCAGUACAUGGAACUGUGCCUCUAGAUGAAUUACUGACGAUGAUAAAUCUCCAAAACAUUGACAGGGAACAGCUGAAAUACAUUCUGAGUUACUUGCAUCGGAUUGGGUUAAUUGUCUGGUACCAGGAGGUGCAGACCCUGGAAGGAACAGUGUUCCUUAAGCCAUCAUUUCUGAUCACCUUAUUUAAAAUGAUUGUCCGCCAUGAUCUGUUGAUUCAACUGAACAAUAUCCCGGCCAAAACACUGAAGAAGGAAUCGGCUGUUAAACCAGACCAGCAAAAAUGGAUCACUGACUUUCAGACUAAAGCAACUCUACAUCACAAAGCCAUAAUGAUCCUGGUCAAGCAUCAGCUCAAAGGCAAUGCAGAUCUGCAUGAAAUGGCAGAGGACAUGCUUGGAGAUGAGAACGGGAAUGGCAAACUAUUCCAAAUAUUGGAAUAUUUUGGUAUUUGUCUUUCUUCAAAAUCGCAGGCCUUAAAUCCUGAUGCACAUGUGUUCCAGCCAGGCUCCCCGUGGCCAUCGUCAGGUAGUGCUCCCCCUCUCACCUACUUAUUCCCAAGUUACUUGACUGAUGCAAAAGUGGUAUCAGAACAAUGGAAAGAAGAGAGUAAAGAGGAUCUACACAUCCGAGCUUUCUUCUUGCCUGAAAUUCCACAAGGAUUCUUCCACAGGGUAACAAUUAAACUGUGUAAUUUUAUUUAUUCUCACUGGCUUGGAAAAGAGCGAUGCCUGGUGGUGAGUAAUGGGAGGAAACUCCUCUUGAAGGAACACAAUGAAGAAGCCAACAGUUAUAUUGAAUUCCGCUGCAAGGGAAAUGGAAAGGAGAAAGAUUUUGAGGGGCGAUGGUGCCUGCUUAUGAUGGCCAUUCAGAGAAUGAAGAAAGUGAUAGAAGAGUGGCCGGGUCUCCAUUACUCACUGAAAACACCAUGCAGAAACCCUAAGUGUGAGCUUUACUUUGACUGGCCGGAUGAGGACAUUAAGCAGAUGUCAGAAGAGACAAUAAAGACCUGUGAAAAUUGUGGUAGAAAUUUCCCGACAGAGCUCUUGUUCUACAUGGAUCAAGGAUCGCGGAGUGUGAAUGGGAUGACUGAAGCUGCAAAGAACUCCGUGGCUCAACAGAAUAUCCAAAACACUUACCACGUCACCGGGAACUUUGUCAGUGGCUCCUGUACAGUGAACAUAGAGGAACAGGAAUUCCAUCAUGACUCUUAACCAUUCCCAGAGAGAGCGAUGGUAACAUUUAUCCAUUCCUGGAGCUGGAAGUCAAAUAUUAAUAGAAUUGGAGCAACCAAGCGUGUUUUCCCUUAUUCCUAGGCAGAGUUCUGUGAUAUUGCUCUCGUACCAUAGUGCUUAAUCCAGGCCCAUCUGUUCCCUGCUGAAUUACAGAGAGCCUACAUGACUUGGCCAGCUUAACAUAAGAAUAUAAGAAAUAGCAGGGGGAGACCACACAGCCCAUAGAGCCUUCUGCAACAUUCAAUACGAUCAUGGACGAUCUUGGGCUUCAGCUCCAUUUUGCUGCCCAUUCCCCAUUUCCUGUAGUUCCCUGAAUGACUAAAAAUCUGUCUAUUUCAGCCUUACAAGUAUUCAUUAAUGGAGCACCCACAACCCUCUGAGGUAGAAAGCUCCAAAGAUUCACAACCCUUUGAGUGAAGAAAUUUCUCCUCAGCUCAGGUCUAAAUGAUUGGCCCCUUAUCCUGAGAAUGUGCCCCCGUCUUUUAGGUUUUAUUCCUAUUUGUUUUAACAGCUUGAAUGCAGAAGGCAGUUAAAGGUGAACCACACUGGGGUGCAUCGUAUAUUGGCUAGAUCAUGUUAGAAUGGCAAGCUUACUUCCCAAAAGGGAAGAACACCCAACAGCUUCACAGCUCUUUUUAUUUGUAUGAACUUGUUAAUUAUCACAUUUUUAAAUUAUUUCAUAUUCACCAGCUACCAUGGAUUUCAUGUGCUGGCAAAUUAUUAAUGCAAACCUCAGGAUCACCAGUCCACUCACAUAACCACUGCACUAACGUACCCAGGAUUGGACCUGGAUGUGCUACAUCUGUAAUGUCUAUUGUCAAUCUGUAAACACUUGCUGCCUAAAGUCACCCAGAAUAAUGGUCACUUAGGUGAGGUAUGAAUGGGCAGUCAGUACUUGCAAGAUCUGUACCACUCUGCCAGUUAGCCCCUCGGAGCUCACACCCCACUGAAGCUCAGUGCCCAUGGAACCCAAAUCCACCGAUAGUUAACACCUGUGGAAUCCAUUGCAAGUCAGUGUCCAAAAACCCACGGGGAAGCCCAGACUCCAUGAUCAGUGCCCAUGGUGCAGCGUCCAUGGAAACUGUACCCCACUGAGUAUCAGCACUUUCAGUGGAGGGAAGAAAAAUCAAUCAUCACAAACCAAGAUGGGGGUAGGUGUGAGGGGUAGGAACUGCUUCAGGUAACAGUGUGGGCAGCUGUUGAAGCACAGUCUCCAUUUCUAAUCCCCCAUAACGUGAGUUCAAUCUUAGUACAAGGCUGGGCCUGGUACUUGCCCUACAGCAAAAGGUAGAGAAUCAAGGUUCAACCUUGGACUGUAGUCACAUCUCUCCCCACUGGCAGCUUGCAAGAGAGAGAGAGAGAGAGAGAUGGAUAGAAAGAAGAGGACAGAAAAAGAACAGCGAAUACACAGGCAGCAUGACCUACUAAAUGGAGAAUGAUGUACAGCCUAGGGAGCUUGGAGUAAAAAUAUGUUAUAAAAUAGUACAAGAGAAGUUAAAUACUUGGCAUGAGAAACAUUGCUGUUGCUUUACUGAACAGCAAGUAAGCAGCACUGCACGACAAACUCUGGGAGAGAGGACAGCUUUCUGUGUAAAAUAUCAGGGUGGUUUGCAUGCCCCUGUACACCAAGUUCCCAUCCUACAAUUCAGCAUUUGAUUUGAUUAUCAAAUGCCGGUUGCGUGACUCUGCCCAUUGUGUUAAUACAGGUCAAACUCACUCUGUAUCUGCACCAUUUGCUUGGGCUUUUAUCCCUUAUUCUUCUGAUUGUGGCACCAAGCACAUGAUCUGAGUCAGUUAGGCAUUGGUCCAUGUGAUAUGUUACCUGAGUUGUCCCAGAUUCAAACCCAGCUCCUUCCUGAUUUGCUAGGGCAAUUAACUCUUAACUAACAUGCUGAGGGUUGUGAAAUCCUGCAGGACAUAUUCCUGGAGUUUUGAUCACAUGGUAUGAUCAAAGCGAG